CGCUAGUGUAGCGUCUCUUGCUUAUUGCACUUGCUAUGACGAAGUCAGGGCAUCAAAAACGGAAAGAAAAGAAGGAAAGAGAAGACCGAGAACGCCGAAGUCGACAGUUGUCACACAGUUUUUCAAAAAGAAAGACACAGAUUCAGCGGCUGCUGCACACCCACUUCCUCCUUCCCCCCGUCUCAGCCGAACAAGGAGGAUCCCCACCCGCAAACAGCGGGAAACUUAUGCCUUGGGCAUUAUUUCUCUCUUUCCUAGCCUGAGAGACCCGUUUUCAACAAAGGGCUAUGAGCAUUUCUACGAUCCGGAAAAGGGAACAGGGUUCAUCUCCUGGCACCUUAAAACUUUGUCGAGGAAGAACCCAAAACGUGUUCGCUUGGAGAUGACUGAAGGUGGAGGACCAAGUCGACGGAGGAGGAUAGAUGAUGUGCAACAACUUGAAGGAGAUGCAUGCAGAGAGGCAAUUUCUUUCCUUGUCCACACAGCUGAUGAAGCUGAAGUUAUGCAGAAGAUGAAGGAAACUUUUAAGCAUAGACAAGAACUGGUGCAUAAUCCUGAAAGCUCAGCUGACGUCCUUGAUGUCUUCCCAAUAUAUUUGGAUAUAAAAGGAUUGAUAAAUAAAACAUUUAUUCUUUUCAAAGAUUGUUUUAAGUGUUUUAGAUAUGCCUGCUUUGUUUUAGUAUCUUAUAAGGUUACUCUUUAACAUAAUUGCUACUUUGACUCAUUCGUUCAUAUAUUUAUCACUCUUGCUCGUACAUGCCUUUCAGACGUAGUGAUAAGUUUUGAAAGAAUUCAAGUAAAUACAUUCAUGAUUUCUUAGUCUAUCAAAACAAUAUGCGCGCACUAUCCAUUUGGGUGGUAAAGGAUGAAAAAGUCCAAGUAACCUCUUAGAAAUCUUGUAAUAUGCUUUGUCAUUAGAUAAAUCAGGACUUUGCUCUGCUGUUCAAUGCUGAGACCUCCAAGUUUCUUCAGAGGUGGGAGACGGCAUUCAAGCAAAAGAUCAUCAACGAAGCCAAGUCACUUACUUCAACAGCAGAAAUUCGGUGUCUUCUCAAUGCAGCAGGUGGACAAGGAUCUGAAAAUGAUUGGGACAGUGACAUGUCAUCUGUCCUGCUGCUGUUGCAUCUCCUGCCUCCUUCUCCAGGAAGGAAGAAAACUAAGAUCAGUCCAACAGAGGCUGUUGACAGACUUGUGCAUUUUCAUAAGUCCUGCACCAGUAUUGAAGGCCAUCUCAGUGGGAGGGAGGGCCACCAGCCAUUUCUACUUGGAUCAGGAAGGAUCAAGGGCAGGAUCGACCACUUUUACAUCGUUGUGGACAAGCGCCUUAUCCCUUGCUCUGGAACCAGCGCCUUGAGUGCCUUUGAUGAACUUUUCAAAGUUCACUAUGUCUUCAACUUGUCCUACGAGGAAGCCCUGGUCAACUUCUUUACCUUCCUGCAGACCACAGUUUACAACAUAGAUGUUGGUCUUUCAAGUGAGUCUCCCAGAGUAAGGGAACUGCGUGCAAAGCUUUUAAAUUAGUUUAAAUGUUAAAGUGUUUCAUCUGUAAAAGUUUGCAUGCAAACAGCCACUCUUUGAUAUCUCAUUUAAGAGUCACACACAGUUUCUAUACUUCGUUAAAGUUUAAGUUGUUGUGUGCGCAGAUUGGCUGUAGUCGGCAGUUUUGCUCAUAUUCUGGGUUUCGAAAGCAUUUGAACAGUUUUCAUGCUGUUGAUGGCAUGUUGCUCUCAUUGAGAAUGUUACCUUUUCCAGGAGAGAGACAGCAGAUAUAUGUGCCUCAAUUGUGGCCAAAUUACAGUGCAGUGGAGUAGCCAAAAGCUUGGUAUCAUCAGUUGUUUCAGACCUUGAGGACCUCACCACAGAACUGUAUAACCAAACUCAUCAAGAUGUGAUUUCUGUCAUUCCUCUUAAUAACCCUGUCAGAUCAGCUGUCGAAGAUAGUUUAGGGCAUUUUGAGAGUCCCUUUUCCAUGUUUAACACCGAAACUAAAAGGACUAAUUAUUUCGUUGACAAAUGGGGUGUUGUGGAGCCUGUUGAAAUUGUGCUUGGCAUGAGAUAUGAUAUGAGGAGAAACAAAAAGACUGGAUGUUAUGAUCAGGUCCUAGUAAAAGAUACAUAUGUGUAUGUCCCAAUUUUGGAAACAUUAAAAUUUAUGUGUCGAAAUGUAGAUGUAUGUACUCUGCUGACAGAAUUUACAGGAAGGCAGAAAUCACAUUUUGAGGACUUUUGUGAUGGAAGUUACUUCCAGAGCCAUCCAUUAUUCUCAAAACAUCCCAGUGCUUUACAAAUUCAGGUGUACUAUGAUGAAUUUGAAACCGCAAACCCUCUUGGCUCUAAACGUGGGGUACACAAGGUUGGUGCUCUUUAUUUUGUGCUUCGAAAUCUACCUCCCAAAUUUAAUUCAAGACUGAUGAAUAUCCAUUUGAUUGCUCUAUUUCAUGCGCAGGAUGUGAAAAAGUAUGGAUUUGACCCCAUCUUGGAACCAUUGAUUCGUGACAUAAAGGUUCUAGAGACAGAUGGUAUUGAACUACCCAUAUCAACGAGUAGAGUUUAUGGCACAAUAUGUCAAGUAAUUGGAGACAACUUGGGGAUGCACUCAAUACUUGGGUUCACAGAAUCAUUUAGUGAACAUUACUCCUGUCGUCUAUGUUUAACUGAAAAAGCUGAUGUCCAGUUAGUUUACAAUGAGGAUGAUUUUAGGGUUAUUUUGCGUGAUUGUUCAAUUUAUGACCAGCACUGCAGCAAGUUAGAAUCUGACCCUCAACUCAAGUCAACACAUGGCCUCAAAAGAAACUCAACACUCAGUAGUCUGCAGUAUUUUCAUGUGUGCCACAACUACUCUCUAGAUGUGGAGCAUGAGGUUCGAGGCCAAGCAUAAAGUUUUUAAGAAUACACUAAAGAAUUUCAAAACAUCACCAAAUCUCUGGCAAAAAGUAAUCAGAUGUCAAUAGGCUAUCUUUGGGAAACGUCUCGGGUUACAUGUGUAACCCUUGUUCCCUGAAAAAGGCGGAAUGAGAUGUUGCGCUGCUAAGCGCUAGGGGAACAGCUUUAGCUGUGAGCCGAGCUGAAUAAAUGUGUGGAACACGUCAAUGAACAUUGACCGGAAUUUAUAGCCUCGGCUGAUGUAAUCAUUAGAUGCACCUGAGGCCAGGCUAUAAAUGGAUACGUCACCAGGUGUCGUCAGAUACUUCUUUUUGAAGAGCAGUCCUGGGACGCCCCAGUGCGGCAAAGCAGCGCAACAUCUCGUUCCGCCUUUUU